AAUAGAACAGUGUGUGACUGAAUAGUACACUAACAACUACAGCACUCUUGUUGGCUAUGUUGCUUGGAAUGUAUCUUAUAACUUUUCAUGUCUGAAUAUGUUUAAAGCACCAGAGUGUUCGCUGAAAUAUUCGAAUCCUACCACACUGAUACGUCACCUCUUAUUGGAACAUGCAGCUAUAUAGAUGUUGUUGCUGCUUUUAUUACAUCAUCUCAGGUCACUUCCGACUACGCUCUUGAAAUUAGUAAUAACCAAUCUAUACAAAUAUUUCGUAUUUGCUGUAAACAAUUCCUAAAAAUUGAUCAGAACAUGGAUAAAUUCAUUACUAGCAUUUGCCAGAAAUACAUAGAAAGACUCUUGAAUCGUCAAAAGCAAUGGCCACCAGUUAGAGGAGACAGGCUCAUCAACUUGCAGUUAGUGGAGGCUGAAAAAGAAGAAGGAUUUAGAGCCGGCUUGCCACAACAUGGUGCACCUGAUGAUAAGGUCAAGCGUACUCCAAUUCUCCAUGGUGACCUAUUCAAAGUCGAAGAAAGCAAGAAACCAGUCAAGAAGCUCAUCGUUGAAGGCAAUGCUGGGAUUGGUAAAACGACACUGUGUACCAUGCUUGCUGAAGGGUGGGCAGAGGGCAAGAUCCUGACACAAUUCAACUGUGUUCUGUUGCUUCCACUGAGAGAGAAUCGAGUGUCCUCUGCCACAAGUCUCGCUGAGCUGUUCAAACUUCUUCAUGCCAAUGAGAGGAUUCGCCAAUCUGUUGUAGAAGAGUUGGAAGAAAGAGAAGGAAAAAGUGUCCUCAUCAUAGCUGAUGGCUGGGACGAGCUUAGUGAAGACAAUCAAUUAGAAACCUCAUUUCUAUAUGACCUUCUCUUUGGUGAUGUUCUUCCUUUUGCUUCUGUUCUCCUCACCUCACGACCUUCUGCUUCAGCUCCUCUUCAUGACCUUCCCUCUGUAAACCGUUUGGUUGAGGUAGUUGGUUUCAAUGAGGAGAAUAUCAAGCAAUACAUAGAAUCAGAGUUUGAGCAAUUUCCAGAGAAAGCUUCUUCUCUCAUCAAGCAGCUUGAGAACAACCCAGUCAUUCAGAGUGUGUGUUCUGUGCCCCUCAAUUGUGCCAUUGUUUGUAACUUGUGGCACACUUUAGACCAAGAGCUUCCUCGUACGCUAACUGAGCUGUACACUCAAAUUAUUCUUAACAUUAUCCUUCGUAAUGUCAAAAAGAAGUUCCCUGAUUGUCCUAUUAGCUGCAAUAGCUUUGACAAGAUUCCGAAUGAUCUACAAAACACAUUUUGGUUGAUGUGUGAGUUUGCCUACGAGUGCUUAUUAUUAGAUCAGCUGGUUUCUCAGAAGAUGAUUUGUCCUUUCGCUUACCCGAACUUGGUGACAAGUUGCUGUGCUUUGGUCUGUUGCAGUCUGCACGAUCACUUCUACCUGUAGGUCAUGGCCUGUCUUUUCACUUUGCUCACCUGACCAUCCAGGAGUUCUUGGCUGCCCUCCAUCUUGCUACUCUACCCAAUGAUGAGAAACUGAAGAUUGUUGAGACUAAUGCUGACAGUGGCCGGUUUGACAUGGUGUGGAGAUUUAUGUUUGGUAUUGCUAGUAAGUACAAUGGUAGUCAUAGCGAUAAGGUGAUCAGUUUGGAUCAUGGUUUGACGGAUCAAUUUGUCUUCGCUGGAAAGCUUAAAAAGUUGGUUUUAUUAUGUCAUGCUGCUUUCGAAGCUUCUGACUCUGGAUUCUGCACAAAAGUUUGUAAUUUGUAUGGAGCAAAUUUAUUAGACGAUAAUUUCAGCACCACUUUUGACUGUGUAGCUGGGUUCUAUGUUCUUCGUCAUGCUGUAAAUUGUGAUGAUAUGGUUAUCAUAAUAUCCCAUUGUGCAAUCGAUGAUAAACUGUUGAAGGAACUAACUGACAUACUUUCCAAUGCGAAUGGUAAACUGCAAGUCACACGAUUAUCCCUCCAGCAGACUAAGUUGUCUGACAAAGGUGUUGCUGAUCUAUUCAGGAGAGCCUCAGCUGCUUUUACAACUUUAGAUUACCUCUCGUUGUCUUAUAACAACUUCACUAACGUCACGUCGUCAUUCAUACACACAUCUUGUAUGAGCCUUACAACACUGAACUUAUCCCACAAUCCUCUUGGAGUGUCUGGCAUACAGUCAUUAGAGACAGCUGUACUGUCUGAUGCUCUUAUCAACCUGAAGGUACUGAAGCUAGCCAAAACCCUCACUGAUGAUGCUGACGUCAAUGGAGCUCUACUGACCACCCUCUUACAGUCGAUUGCCCCUCACUGUCCUGAUCUGGUAAAAUUACUCCUCUCUGAUAAUAAUCUUGGUUUACCUGGAUUAUGUUCAGUUGUGGAGAACAUUCCGUUACGAUUGACUAAGAUUGAAUUAUCAGCUACCCAUCUCACCACUUCAUUUCACUCUGAAUCUCAAUACACAGUCACCUGUGAGAUGCUGAAUAUCAACCCUAACAGUUUAACUGUGAUGGACUUGUCUGGUUCCAAUUUCAGUGGAACUGCUGGAACUCUCUUACUGGCAAAGUUUCUUCAAGCAUUUCCAUAUCUGGAACAACUUUACUGGUGGCGUUAUUCUCUCACCUCUGCCGACAUCAUAAUGCUUAUCCACCAUCUCAAGUUCGCUAAUGUGAUAUGUAAGAAUUUAAAAAGGUUGGAUCUCAACCACAAUUCCAUUGAUGAUGAGGGAGUGAUAGCUCUCACUGAGUGUCUACCAGAGCUGUUCCCUAGUCUGGAGGGGUUCAGUUACCUGGAGGACGGUGUUAGACUCUAUGGUAAUCCUGUGAACGAGGAGUUGAUACUCAUGUGCAAUGAACAGUUGAAGAUCAUACGGGAAUCAAGGAAUUCUGCAGUGCUGACUGAGUGGGAGAGAACAUGUUUACCUCCACUAAAUGAAGAGAUGAAUCGUACUUUCCAUUCUCUUUGGGAUACGCUACUGUCGAAGAUGAUUGAUGAGGCUCAAACGAUAUCUUCAGCUGUUUUCGACAGUAUCCUUUCAUGGUCAACCGCUAACGAACCAGCGGAAUACAACAGAAUUGUUUAUGAGGUUGUUGAUACAGUGGACACUCCUAGUGAUGUCACUGAUCCAGACACUCUUAUCAAUGAACAGAGCUUUUCUCAAGCAUCACCAGUAGAGCACCACCCCACAGCUAGUGACGAGGCUACUUGUACUACAGCCCUGCAGUCUACACACAGAACAGACCAACAUACAACAGCAAUGACAGAUGCUGUACCAUCUGAUGUCACUGAAGGACUCACUUCACAUCCACACACCAGUCACUCAGGAGCUGGUGGACCGAGGACUGUGACCAUUGAAGAAUUGAAGGAGCAUGCAAAAGUGACAGACUCUCAACUUGACACUGAAAUUAAAGAGACUGACAUGAUCAUUCUGGCAGCUCACUUUGACAAUGUGGACACCUAUGCUGUACAACUGGGACUGAGUCCUGCAGAGCAAAGUGAUGUCAGAAUUGCUCAACUUGCUAAUGGCACACAAGUAGCGAUGGACAAGGCCUUGAGACUGUGGAGACAGCAUAAUCCAGGGGCCGCUACUUACAGAGCUCUGGUGGAGAUACUGUUGAGAAUGGGAAAGGAAGAAUUGGCCUUUAAAAUGUGUCAGACAGCAGCUACGAAACCAAUGAUGUGUGAUGUGGUGUGCAACAGGAGAAGAUCUAUUUGAACAAUAAACAUUCCCAGCCCCUUUUAGGUAGAGAGCUCGAGAUAAAAAUACGGUUUUAUUGAAUCAAUAUUUUCUUGCUGCAUUAGUUGA